CUCUCUUCACGCACACGCAGUAGUUGAAGCAAAGCAACCCAAAUUAAUACACGAGGAGAAGAGAUUUCCCCAUCUCUUGCUUCUCUCUCGUCCUACUAGAAUUCUGCCUCAAAUUCGCCGACUUAACCCCUCCAAGAUCAACUUUUGGAGUCGAAUUCGUGCUCUCCAGGCCUCGAAUUCCCCCAAUUUCAGCCGUUUUACUCCGAGUUAGUGUAGUCUUUUGUUCGAUUGUUUUGUUGUAGGACGUAGGAACACCAAAUUCGUCGACUUCAUCUCACCAAAAUCAAAUCUUGGCAUCGGACUCUGUGCUCUACCACGCCUUCGAUCCUUCGAGUUCGUCAGUGGCAUCCCGGAUUCCGGCGAGCAUGUCAUUGUCGGCGAUUUCACUGUACACCAGUCCGCCGGGCGCGGUGUACUCUUCUGAGUUCGACCCAAGCUCCCGUGGUUCGUCGCCGUGCACCACCGCUGCGCCCCCGCCGCCGGCUGCCUCCCACCGCCUGCCUGCCGGCGGCGGUGGCCUCUCUUGCCUCUUUUCCUCGCCGGCCGCGGCGGCUGCGCCGCCCCGCGCCCCGGGUCACGACGAUCUGGGCGCGCUGUGGCACGACAGAUCCGACGACAUGAGCGUCACCGGCGGCGGCGGCUGCUACUCCUAUUCCCAUUCCCACUCGACGUCGCCGCUCAAGUGGCGCGACUUGCACUACCACCACCACCACCACAGCCCCGUGUCGGUGUUCCAAGGACCGUCCUCCUCUCCGGCGUCCCGGAGCCCGCCGGCUUCUUGGCUCGCCGGCCGCGAGCGCGAGCGCCUUUUCGCUGGCUUCGUGCGCAACGCGCUCGGCUCCUGUGUCGACUACGCGCCGCCCACCAGCCCUCGGCCUGAGGUCAGAGCCGGCGAGCUCGCGUUCGAGCUCGACGAGAACCUCGCGGAGGCCAGCCCCGCCUGCGAGCCCUACGCCCGAGAGCUGCUCGCCAGUGCCCAGGAUCGCCACCGCAUCUUCCAUGAGGAGCUCGUCGUGAAGGCCUUCUUGGAAGCCGAGAAGGCUCACCGGGGCCAGACCCGGGCGAGCGGUGAUCCAUACCUGCAACAUUGUGUCGAGACAGCCGUGUUGCUGGCCAAGAUUGGAGCGAACUCGACGGUUGUCUCGGCUGGGCUUCUGCACGACACCAUUGAUGAUUCUUUCGUGGACUAUGAUCAUAUCUUCCACAUGUUUGGAGCUGGGGUGGCCGAUCUCGUGGAAGGGGUUUCCAAGUUGAGCCACCUGAGCAAACUUGCUCGUGAUAACAACACAGCAAGUAGGACUGUUGAAGCGGAUCGCUUGCAUACAAUGCUUCUUGCAAUGGCUGAUGCUCGAGCUGUUCUAAUAAAGCUUGCAGAUCGCUUGCAUAACAUGAAGACCUUAGAAGCUUUGCCUUUGGAAAAACAACAAAGAUUUGCAAAAGAGACCAAGGAGAUCUUUGUGCCUUUGGCUAAUCGACUAGGGAUUGCUAGCUGGAAAGACCAGCUGGAAAAUCUUUGUUUCAAGUAUUUGAAUCCAGAAGAGCACAAGGAAUUGUCAUCCAAACUUGCAGAGUCCUUUGAUGAAGCACUAAUUACAUAUGCUGUGGAUAAACUAAAUAUAGGUCUGAGGGAUGCCGGUGUCUCCUAUCACAAUCUUUCUGGGAGGCACAAGAGCCUGUACAGUAUUCAUUCCAAGAUGCUAAAGAAGAACUUGACAGUGGAGGAGAUCCAUGAUAUCCAUGGUCUGCGCCUCGUGGUUGAGAAGGAAGAAGAUUGUUAUCGAGCGCUUGCUGUUGUUCACAAAUUAUGGCCUCAGGUUACUGGAAAAUUCAAGGACUACAUAUCACGGCCAAAACUAAAUGGGUAUCGAUCGUUACACACUGUUGUCACGAGUGAGGACAUCCACCCAUUCGAAGUCCAAAUCCGCACAAAGGAGAUGCAUCUGCAGGCUGAGUAUGGAUUCGCUGCACACUGGAGGUACAAGGAAGGUACCUGCAGACACUCCUUUGUGCUCCAAAUGGUGGAAUGGGCAAGAUGGGUGCUCACGUGGCAAUGUGAAGCAAUGAACAAAGAAAGGACAGCUUCUUUAGGCAAUGGUGAAACCAUGAGGCCACCUUGCCCAUUUCCCUUGCAUUCAGAGGACUGCCCAUACUCAUAUACCCGCCAAUGCAACCACGAUGGCCCCAUAUUUGUCAUCCUCCUUGAGCAUGACAAGAUGUCUGUCCAAGAAUUCCCGGCAAACUCGACCGUAAUGGAUCUCAUGGACCGAGUCAGUGCCAAUAGUUCGAGAUGGAGCCCCUACAGCAUCCCCAUGAAGGAAGAUCUGCGACCUAGGGUUAAUCACGAACCCAUAAGUGAUCCGAACCGGAAGCUCAGCAUGGGGGACGUCGUGGAGCUCACCCCGGCCCUGCCUCACAAGUCCCUCAGCGGGUACCGGGAAGAGAUCCAGCGCAUGUACGACCGUGGCGGCUUCGCCCUCGCAACCCGGGGUGGCGGCUCAAGGUGCUGACAGUAGCACGACAAUGUUGACCUGUUCUAUCACCAUUGUACAAUUCCCUCCUAGCCAUUUUCAUUCAAUUUGUUGUACAUAUAUACUAGAUGUUGCAGCCGGGUGGGUUCUGAAAUUUGCGGUGGCCUGGGGUGAGUCUGCACCCUGUUCUGACCCCAGUGGCUGCAAUGUGUGGAAGUAAAACGCUGUUCAAGUUUGUUUCAGCUUCUCCCGAGAUUUGUGGAGGGAAGAUUGUAGCUGAAUCUGCA